AUGAUCCUCAUCAACCUCGUCGGCAACGCCUUGAAGUUCACCACCAAGGGCCAUGUCUUCAUUGCCGUGCGUCUUGCAACUGAAGCAGACAAUGACACCAGUGCCAAUGGUGGCACUCAUGACGACAAUGACUCCUGUGAAGAUACUGGUGACACGAGUGGGAGCACUGGUGGCACGCGUGGGAGCACUGGUGGCACGCGUGGGAGCACUGGUGGCACGAGUGGGAGCACUGGUGGCACACGUGGGAGCACUGGUGGCACGAGUGGGAGCACAGGUGGCACGAGUGGGAGCACUGGUGGCAGUAGCAAGCCUGUUGAGCGUGCUUCCACUGACCCUGCGUGCCUGACGCUGAGUGGCCGGCCAGCAGUGGAGACUUGGUGCUCAUGGGAGGGCAUGCGGGAGCACAUGGAUCUUGCUGCAGUGGGCAUGGGCAUGGGCAUGGGCAUGGGCAAGGGCAUGGGCAAGGGCAUGCGGGAACCUAUGGACCUCAGUGCAGUGAGCAUGCCGUAUCGUACCUGCCGCGCCUGCAAUGCCUGCAAUGCUUCUCGCAUCGUGCCACCCGACCAGCCUGUGCGUCUGAUGGUGGCUGUGGAAGACACAGGUACCGGCAUCCCCCGGCACGCGCGGAGGCACAUCUUCCGGCCGUACACACAGGCAGAGCGCAGCACGGCACGGCUGCAUGGAGGCACGGGCAUCAGCCUCUCCAUCUGCAAGCGCCUGGUGUUGCUGAUGGGUGGAUCCAUCUCGUUUGUCUCGAAGCCAGGCGUCGGCACCACCUUCCUCUUCGAUAUCCUCCUCCACACACCCCCUCUCCUCCACACACCCCCUCUCCCUCACCCUCCUCCCUCCCCAUCUCAUCCCCCCCAACCUCACACUUCUCCUCAAACCCCUGUCCUUCCUCCCUCCUCUCUCUCACUCCCUCCGCCCCUACUUACUGCAUCUCGAACCUCUUCGAAACCCUCUGCCACGCUCACUGCCACUCCCACUGCCACCCCUUCAGCCACUCCCGCUGCCACCCCCUCCGCUUCUGCCUCCAUUCCCUCUCCUCUUCCUCGAAGCUCCUGCCAAGUGCCCCCACAAGACACAGGCAACCAGCAGCAACAGCAGGAGGCGGCAUGUGGGUUAGAGGGCGUGUGUGCGGUGAGUGGUGGGGGGACAGCGGGUGCGCUAGAUGGUGUGUGCGUGGUGAGUGUGGACGACCGGCCGGAGCAGGAGGAGGGGAAGGAGCAGAAGCAGGAGCAGGAGCAGGAGGAGGGGAAGGAGCAAGAGCAGGAGCAGGAGGAGCGGAAGGAGCAGGAGCAGGAGCAGGAGCAGGAGCAGGAGCAGGAGCAGGAGCAGGAGCAGGAGCAGGAGCAGGAGCAGGAGGAGGAGGAGCAGGAGGAGGGGAAGGAGCAUCACAAGGCUGCACUAACCUCUCAGCCCACUCCUGCUGCUUCAUCUCUCUCACGCCCCCCUUCAUUGCAUCCUCCUCGCCUCACACAGCAUGCCCUAUGCACAGUCUCCCACUCCCACACAGCAACAUCAACGCCCCACCCAUCAUCUCCUCUUGUCCCUUCUCCCCUCAACCCUCCUCGCUCCAAGGCACAUGCAGCAAUUGCACAGAUCGCACCUCUCACCUCGCAACAUUUCACAAGCCCUCCUCCUGAUCCUGCGCUUAGCCCCCACAUUCCCUGCUCACAAGCCACCACACAACCUAUCAACAACCAUUCAUGUCCUCCUCUCGAGCCUCCUCCCGAGCCUCCUCUCGAGCCUCCUCCCGAGCCUCGUCUCGAGCCGUUUGGCUCGCCGGCUGUUCUUGUGGCUCCUUUCGCCUUCCGCCUCUCUGCCUCCACCCCCUCUGCUUCCUCCCCCACCUUCUCCCCGCUCGCUCCCACUCCCCUUUCCCGCCAGUCCUCCUGCCCUCCGCUUUCGAUAAUUGCCCGUUCUUCGAGCGAGAACAUUGUGGGUGGAAGGGAAGAGGAGCAGCAGCGCCGACAGCAGCAGGAGGAAGAGGGAGAGGCGGAGGUGGAGGUGGGGGACGAAGGAGAAGAGGAGGAGGAGGAGGAGGAGGAGGAGGAGGAGGAGGAGGAGGAGGAGGAGGAGGAGGAGGAGGAGGAGGAGGAGGAGGAGGAGGAGGAGGAGGAGGAGGAGGAGGAGGAGGAGGAGGAGGAGGAGGAGGAGGAGGAGGAGGAGGAGGAGGAGGAGGAGGAGGAGGAGGAGGAGGAGGAGGAGGAGGAGGAGGAGGAGGAGGAGGAGGAGGAGGAGGAGGAGGAGGAGGAGGAGGAGGAGGAGGAGGAGGAGGAGGAGGAGGAGGAGGAGGAGGAGGAGGAGGAGGAGGAGGAGGAGGAGGAGGAGGAGGAGGAGGAGGAGGAGGAGGAGGAGGAGGAGGAGGAGGAGGAGGAGGAGGAGGAGGAGGAGGAGGAGGAGGAGGAGGAGGAGGAGGAGGAGGAGGAGGAGGAGGAGGAGGAGGAGGAGGAGGAGGAGGAGGAGGAGGAGGAGGAGGAGGAGGUCAAAGGAGAUGAGGCGGAUGGAGAAAGGGGGGCGCAGCAGCGGGUGCACUACAAGAGCUUGAGCAGGGCGGAGAGGCGGGGAUGGGUGGGGGCGGUGGUGGUGGAGGGGGAGAUGAUGCAGCGGCUGGGCGUCACAGCAGAUCAAAUCCAUUCACUCUUGAUGGACCAGGGAGGAUUUGGGAUGGAAGGUUCCGGCGAGCCGCUGAGCGAGCAAGAGCAUAUGAGCACGCAUGAGCAUAGAGAGCAGGCGAGCAAGGUAGGACACAUGAGUGGGGGCAGGGAGGCAGGCGCGGAGAUGAUGAGGGAGGGAUUGAGCAGGUGUGCAGUGGAGGAGAAGGCGCAAGGCAGCCAGUGCAGCAGGAGCAGUGACUGUGGAAGAUGGCCCGUUCCCUUCCUUGUGCUCCUGCACGGCUACUUCUCCAACACACCCACAUCCAGCUCUCUUGCCGGAGGCCUUGCCACGGCCGACAGUUUCAGCCCUUGUGAGAGGGAUGCUUAUAAAGGGGACAGUUUUCCCCAUGAACCUGAUCAGGACGGGCUGAGAGAGAUCAGCUGUGAGGCGCAACUGAGCAGCUGUGAGGCGCAACUGAGCAGCUGUGAGGCGCAACUGAGCAGCUGUGAGGCGCAACUGAGCAGCUGUGAGGCGCAACUGAGCAGCUGUGAGGCGCAACUGAGCAGCUGUGAGGCGCAACUGAGCAGCUGUGAGGCGCAACUGAGCAGCUGUGAGGCGCAACUGAGCAGCUGUGAGGCGCAACUGAGCAGCUGUGAGGCGCAACUGAGCAGCUGUGAGGCGCAACUGAGCAGCUGUGAGGCGCAACUGAGCAGAAGGCAGCGGACUAGAGAGCAGGGCAGGGAUAGGAGUGGGGACAGGAGUAGGGAUGGGAGAGACAGGAGGGACAAAAGUAGGGAGAGGGGGGACAGGAAUAGGGAGAGGAGCAGUAGAAGCAGCCGUAAGAGCAAGGAGAGGGCUGGAAGAGUCGAAAAUGUGUAUGGAAGGUGGGCGGGGACUGAUUGUGAGUGUAAGCAGGGUGACUCUAAUGAUGUGACAAGGGUCCGCCGAGGCACCAGCAGGAGCGGGUCGCCUGCACCCUCCCUUUCACCCUCCCCGUCCAUCCCCUCGCUAUUGUCCCUUGGCUUCGAUGCUGUUGUGAGAAAACCCCUGCGGAAACCGGCGCUGCUGGCGGCGCUUCUGCCGCUGUUUGGUGCGGACACGGGGCAAGGUGGGUGUGCGCAGGAGGGUGGAGGGGGAGGAGGCGAUAAUGGGGAUGCAGCACAGGGAGGGGUGAGGGCGAGAGACGAGGGUCAUACUGUGGGAACGAAUGGGUUAGUAAAGUUCAGCCGAGAUCCUUCCCACCACCAGCAGAAGCAGCAGCAGUGCUGCCACCGCCGUCUCAGUGUAGACUGUAGUGACAGUAUCAAUCGUCAAGGUCAGGGGCAGGGUGAGAGGCAGGGUGAGGGGCAGGGUGAGGGGCAGGGUGAGGGGCAGGGGAAGAAGCAGUGGGGUGGUGCAGCAUUGGAGGUAGUGAGUCCAUCAGCCCUCCACAAGGCUGGCAGCAGCGCUGCAGCAGCCCUCUGGCGAGCUGUGACAUCCCCCCGGGCGCUCAAGUCCCCUCAGUCCAUCCAUCCCCCUCGCUUCUUUAAGUUGCGCCAAUCUCACUCUCCCAACACCCCUACCGCUCCCACCUCUCCCGCCACCCCCACAACUGCCACCACUCCCACCACUCCCGCUUCUGACGCUGCCAAAUCCAAAGCUGCUAGCCCUGUGGCGGCACGAAACACGUCACCCAAUGCCAGCACUGGCCGUGUUGCCUCUCCACCAAAAAAGGAGCUGAUCGUGUGUGAGGAGGAGGAGGCAUCGCGUGGAGAGCAGCAGCAACAGGGCAUGGAUGGCAACAGUGCCUCCUUGGUGAACCGAUCUGCUUCCCUCCAGCACCUGAUUGCACCGGCUGCAACCGUACCUGCUGCUGCUACUGCGCUGGAGGGUUUGGCAUCGGUUGGCAUUGGCAGUAGUACAGCAGGUGGAGGUGGUAAGUUGAUGGGAGGUAGGUCCCUUGAAAGAGGCAUCAGUGCCGGGGAGGCACCUGGUUCGCGUGAAAGGAGGGCAUGGGUGCACGGGUCAGCAGGUGAAAAGAGAGCAGCUGGGCGGUCCCGUGCAAGACAGGGUGAAAUGAGGAGUAGCACAAACACCAGAGGUGCUGGUGGCGAGUAUGCUGCUGCUGCUGCUGCUGCUGCUGCUGCGACUGGUGCUGGUGCUGGUGGUGGCAGGGUGAGUGGGUUUGAGAGUGUGCUGGAUUUCGCAGGGUUCUCUCCCUCCACUUGGGCUUCCUCCGUUGGAACAUUAUCCCCUGCCGUUACGACCUUUGAGGCGCCUCAAAAGUCUUCCUCGGUUGGCACACUGUCCCCUGCCCUUACACGCACACCAUCGCCAUCACUCUUACCACCAGCCCCAGCACCCUCCACACCACCACCAGCAUUCCCAACAGCAGCACCGCCAGCAGCACCAGCUGCAGCAGCAAUGGCAGGGGAGACCGUGGGGGAGAGGCUGGGGGUGCUUGAGCCGACUCAAGAGCCAGCGACGGUGGGGGAGAGGCUGGGGGUGCUGGUGGGUCGGCGGGUGAUGGUGGUGGAUGACAACGUGGUGAACCGCAAGGUGGCCAGCAAGCUGCUGGAGAGGCACGGCGCGCGAGUCACCGCCGUCGAUGGCGGCAUGAAAGCCGUAGACGCCCUCGCCCCGCCCCACCCCUUCGAGCUUGUCUUCAUGGAUUUGCAGAUGCCGGGCAUGGAUGGGUUGGAGGCGACUCGGAGGAUCCGGGCGCGGGAGAGGGCUCAGGGCGGGGGGCAUGUGGCCAUCAUUGCGCUCACAGCGGAUGUGAUUGCCGGCACGCGCCAGCACUGCUUUGCCGUCGGCAUGGAUGACUACCUCUCCAAACCCCUCGAUGACGGCCCCCUCUCGAAGAGUGAUGAUGGGGGCCAAGAGAGUGAUGAUGGGGGCCAAGAGAGUGAUGAUGGGGGCCAAGAGAGUGAUGAUGGGGGGCAUGCGUCUGAUGAUGGGCGGGGGUGUGAGUUCGGACCUGGGGAGGAGGAGGCGGAGAGAGCUAUGCUCGAGGAGGCGGACGACGCGGCGAAAGGCCGGCAGUCGUGGGUAUCGAGUGUGGAGUGGUUCGUGUCGUGGCCGCUCAGGCGACUCAGCCACCCGUGGCGCAAGCGAGUGCUGUGGCUGUGGGUGCUGCUGGCAGCCGCCAUCCUGUCGCUGGUGUUUACAGUCGCAUGGCAGCACGCGCAGGCGAGUGAGAGGGGCGACCUGGAGGGGCGCUGUGAUGAGUGGGCGGCGUUUAUCGGCGCCAAGUUCAACACCACCGUUGCCAACACACGCUCCAUUUCGGAUUUCGUCCGCGCCUACUACCUGGAUACUGCCGCGAGUGGCUUGAGUGCUCCCCAUAGGCACUGCGAGGACGAGUGGGCUGUGACUCUCUGGGCUAAGCUUUACAGCACCACCACGCUAACUUGCCCAACUUCCCUCCUCUCCCCCGCUCUGUCACUCCCCUCUCCGCUAUUUCUUCCCUUCUACCUUCUUCCCUUCUACCUUCUUCCCUUCUACCUUCUUCCCUUCUACCUUCUUCCCUUCUACCUUCUUCCCUUCUACCUUCUUCCCUUCUACCUUCUUCCCUUCUACCUUCUUCCCUUCUACCUUCUUCCCUCUCCUCUCCCCUUCCCCUCCCGCCAACUUCCCCCUUCACCCCACCGAACCCAUCCACCCCUAUCACCUCCGCCAUACACCGGGGCGGGGGCAACGAGCAUGAAGGAACACUUGCGAGACUUGGCGAGCUUCCAGCGCUUCACUCACGCUACUCUUGACUUUGAUUGCAUGUGGGUUGAUUUCCCCCCCUUCCCCAAACCCCCACUCCUCCCCCGCCCUCCUCCUCUUAUUCCCCCCACCCUUCACCCUUGGAUUCCCCAUUUCCUUACCCCCCCCUCUCACCCACUUCUCCCUCUUCCUCCUCCCACCCUCCUACCCACCCAUCCACGCACCCGCCUAACCACCCCGUUCCCUCCAGUCGUGGCCUUCACGCUCCUCGUGAACAGCUCGCUCAUCCGACACAGAAUUGAGAAGAUCGCCGGCCACUGCUUCUACGGGCGCGAGCCCAACGGCACCGUGUCAUGCCGCCCGCGUGGCCUGCCCCUGUACGCGCCGCUGCUUAUCUUCAACGGGCGCAAGGACUACAACCCGCGGUUGAGGCCCGCUGCUGCUGGAUGCUGCUACGACAUGCUGGAUGGUGAGUCGAUUGUGUUCUUAUUAUCCUACAGUAUGUCGGGACGUCUCGAAAACUCACUCAUUUCACCUGGAUGCUGCUACGACAUGCUGGAUGCUGCUACGACAUGCUGGAUGGUGAGUGAGUGGGGCUGGAUCCAGCCGGUUCAUUCGGACUGGUUCGGGCCGGGUCAAUCUUCUUCUCAUGGGGCCAUUGGUCCAUGGGGUCAAUCUUCUUCUCAUGGGGCCAUUGGUCCAUGGGGUCAAUCUUCUUCUCAUGGGGCCAUUGGUCCAUGGGGUCAAUCUUCUUCUCAUGGGGCCAUUGACCAAGGAGUGGGCGACAUGAUCCACCGGGCCAUCAACUCAGCCGCCGCUGUCAUGUCUCCGCCUUUCAUGCGCGAUGGCUACCCCUACCACUUCAUCGGUCAAGUCUUCCCAGUCUACUUCAACCUCACCACCUUCGCUCUGCCCCCCUCGUCCGCGCGUCCGUCCAUCACCAUCCCUCCGCUUGCCACCCCCGGACCUGGGGUGCUCCCACGGGGGUUCGUCGUCGCGGGGUAUAACUUUGCCAACCUGCGGUCGCUUGUGGGGUUUCAGCAGCUGGUGGAGCUGAAGACGAGGGUUUAUCUGGUGGAUGGGACGAGGGGCGGGGCGCACACCUCCUACUCCCGCCCGUUCGGCCCCUUCAUCUGGAUAAUAGUUGUGGCUCUCUUCCUCACCGUCUCCACCAUCCUCCUCUGGACGAGCAUCCAGCUCAUGCACGCCUUUGAGUGCGACUGUCAGCACCUGGCCGCGGCGCAGCAGGAGCUGCGUGCUGCUCGAGAGGAAGCCGAGGCGGCGAGCCGUGCCAAGGGAGACUUUCUCACCACCGUGAGCCACGAGAUCCGCACUCCCAUGAAUGGCGUAAUAGGCAUGUUGAACCUGUUGCAAGAAACCCCGUUGGACGGCACGCAGCAGGACUACGCGGAGACGGCGUGCAGCAGCGGGCGGGCGCUGUGUGCGCUGAUCAACGACAUUCUCGACCUCUCCAAGAUCGAGGCUGAGAAGCUCCACCUCGAGCGCAUCCCCCUCAACCUGUGCGCCGAGCUCGACGACGUGCUCGCGCUCUUCGUGGAGAGCGCCCAGGAGAAGCGCUGCGUGGAGCUGGCAGCCUUCGUGGCUGACGACGUGCCCGAGACGCUGCUUGGGGACCCACUUCGAGUGAAACAGGUGGAUGUGGUAGUGUUGAUCCUCAUCAACCUCAUCGGCAACGCCCUCAAGUUCACCACCAAGGGCCACGUCUUCAUUGUCGUGCGCCUCGCAACCGCCACCGACAGCACCACCAACGAUGAUGCCAAUACCCCUCCAUCACUGCUCUCAGCUGCAUCCUCCACAUCCUCCUCGUCACCCUCACUGUCACCAUCACCACCAUCACCAUCCCCAUCCCUCACCAAAGGAUCGGCCACCAUCAGGCGCCACUCCCUUGCCAGUUACUUCACCAGUGCAAGGAACCAUAGAGAGGGGAAGAAUGCAGCCGAGGCAGCGGUGCUGAAGCAGGGGAAGGAUACAGCCAAGGCAGAUGGAGCCACUGCCCAAGUAAAUGAGACGAGCGGUGCUUCUGGCGGCGACCAAGGCACCAGUGCCGAUGUGGACACUGGUGGCUGUGAGCCAGUUGCGCAUUCUUCCACUGACCCUGGGUGCCUGACACUGAGUGGCCGGCCUGCCAUGAAGACAUGGUGCUCGUGGGAGGGCAUGCGGGAGCACAUGGACCUUGCUGCCGUGGACAUGGGCAUGGGCAUGGGCAUGGGCACGGCAAAUGAUACCUGGCGUUGUCGCCAUCGCCUUCGCAUCGUGCCCUCUGACCAGCCUGUGCGCCUGAUGGUGGCUGUGGAAGACACAGGUACCGGCAUCCCCCGGCACGCGCGGAGGCACAUCUUCCGGCCGUACACACAGGCAGAGCGCAGCACGGCACGGUUGCAUGGAGGCACGGGCAUCGGCCUCUCCAUCUGCAAGCGCCUGGUGUCACUGAUGGGUGGAUCCAUCUCGUUUGUCUCAAAGCCAGGCGUCGGCACCACCUUCAUCUUCGAUAUCCUCCUCCACACACCCCCUCUCCUCCACACACCCCCUCUCCUCCACACACCCCCUCUCCCUCACCCCCCUGGGCCUUUCACUGCCUGCUCUUCAAGCGGGAAUGGCGAGGGUAGAAGGGGGGAGAAGCAGCAGCAGCAGCAGCGGAAGUGGCAGCGGCGCUGGCGGAAAAAAAAGCAGGAGAAAGAGGGAGAGGAGGCGGAGGGGGAGGGGGAGGAGGAAGGAGAAGAGGAGGAGGAUGAAGGAGAGGAAGAAGCAGAGGAGGUGGACGGAGAGAGCGAGGGGAGAGUGCAGCAACAGGUGCACUACAAGACCUUGAGCAAGGAGGAGAGGCGGGGAUGGGUGGGAGCGGUGGUGGUGGAGGGGGAGAUGAUGCAGCGUCUGGGCGUCACAGCAGAUCAAAUCCAUUCCCUCUUGAUGGACCAGGGGGGUUUUGGGAUGGCAGGCUAUGGUGAGCCGAUGAGUAAGCCCGAGGAGAUGAGUACAAGUGAGCAGAUGAGCAAGGGAGGGCACAUGAGUGGGGGUAGGGACGAAGGUGAAGAGAUGGCAGGGGAUGGGCUGCCACGAGUGAGCAGGUGUGCACUUGAGGAGAGCCCAUGCGGAAGCGAGUGCGGCGCAUGCAGCAAGAACAGCAGUAGCUGUAGAAGCUGGCCUGUCCCCUUCCUUGUGCUCCUGCAUGGCUCCUACCUCCCCCCGCCCAGCCCUCUUGCCAGAAGCCUUACCGCGGCCGACAGCUUCAGCCCGAGGGAUGCUUAUAAAGGGGACAGCUUUUCCCAUGAACCGGAUUCGGACUGCCACAAGGAGGUCUGCUGUGAGUCGGCACGGAUACGGAGGGGUCGGACCGGAGAGCGGAACAGGGACAGGAGUAUAGACAGGGGUAUGUGGCUCGAUUCCCCUCGCUUGUUCAAGUUGCGCCGAUCUCAUUCUCCCACCUCUCCCGCCACCCCCACCACUCCUACCACUCCCAACACUCCCGCCACCCCGGCUUCUGACACUGCCAAAUCCGAAGCUGCAAGCCCUGGGGCGGCACAAAACACGUCACCCAAUUCCAACACUGGCCAUGCUGCCUCUCUUCCGGGGCUGAUCGUGUGUUGGGAGGAGGAGGCGUCCCGCGGUAGGCAGCAGCAGCAGGGCAUGGAUGGCAACAGUGCCUCCUUGGUGAACUGGUCUGCUUCCCUCAAGCAUCUGAUUGCACCGGCUGCAACCGCACCUGGUGCUGCUGCUGCUGCUGCUGCUGCUGCUGCUGCUGCUCCUGCUGCUCCUGCUCCUGCUGCUGCUGGUGUUGCUGCUUCUUUGACAGGUUUGGCAUCCGUUGCUGCUUCAGCGGGUGGAGCUGGUAAUUUGGCGGGUGGUAGGGUCCUUGGGAGAGGCACCAGUGACGGGGAAGCACCUGGUUCAGGUGAAAGGAGAGCAUGGGUGCACGGUUCAGCAGGUGAGAGGAGAGCAGCUGGGCGGUCCCAUGUGAGACGGAGUGAUAAGAGGCAUAGCACGGUCACCAGUGGCUCUGGUGGCGAGUAUCCUGCUGCUGCUGCUGCUGCGGCCGCUGGUGGUGGUGGUGGUGGCAGGCCGGCGACAGUGGGGGAGAGGCUGGGGGUGCUGUCUGGUCGGCGGGUGAUGGUGGUGGAUGACAACGUGGUGAACCGCAAGGUGGCCAGCAAGCUGCUGGAAAGGCAUGGCGCGCGAGUCACCGCCGUCGAUGGCGGCAUGAAAGCCGUAGACGCCCUCGCCCCGCCCCACCCCUACGAUCUCGUUCUCAUGGACCUCCAGAUGCCGGGCAUGGAUGGGCUGGAGGCGACUCGCAGGAUCCGGGCGCGGGAGAGGGCUCAGGGCGGGGGGCAUGUGGCCAUCAUUGCUCUCACAGCGGAUGUGAUUGCCGGCACGCGCCAGCAGUGCUUUGCCGUCGGCAUGGAUGACUACCUCUCCAAACCCCUCCACGACACCCACCUCUCCAAGGCCGUCUGGCGCUGUCUCGCCAAUACAUUAUCAUACCCACUAUAA